CGAGAUUUGAAGUGGGUUUUGUGAUUUGUGUUCAGGUAUUAAUACACAAAUUGAUCCGGAAGAUGGCGAGUCGAAUGCUACUGUUGUCGCUAGCGUUGGCGGUGUAUGUGGCGCCGCUGGUCUUCGCCAUGCAUGUGACGAUACCGUCGGGCGCCUCCGAAUGCUUCUCCGUGGAGGCGGAGAGCUUCAAGCACGGCAUUUCGUUGAACUACGAGGUACUGAGGGGCGUGGCGGACGAACUGGAGACAGAGUUGACGGACGGCAAGGAUCAGGUCGUGUACGCGCGCAAGGGCACAUCUGGACGAUACAUGAGCCCUAUCGGGGAGGGAGGAAUGCACUCGGUCUGCUUUAAGAACGAGCGCUCGCCCGUCGGGGACGUGGUUAUCGGCUUCUCCUUCCACGCGGACGACCCGAGUCACGAGGUGCUCUCGAACGCAGACGCCACGAAGAUCAAGCAAGUGCAGGAGCUGGAGGACAUUGUGUACGAGUUGAGUGUGAACCUCGACACCGUCAAGGAUACCCAAGCGUUCAUGAAAGCGAUCACGAACCACCACAACCAAUGUAUGUUGCAUGGGCCAAUUGGGUAUCGAUAGCGAAGUAUUCACUGCAAAUGCUGACAAGGAUCUUUGUGUCGUUUAUUGCAGUGAUCAUGAGCACCCACAAUCGGGUCAUGUGGUGGACGCUCGUCGAGAUGAUCGUGCUAACGGCCGUCUCAAUGGCACAAAUCUCUUUCCUUCGGCGUACGCUCGAAGUGCGGCGCAUCUUGUAGACAGGAAAGUCGAUGCUUAUAAUCUAACAAACAUCUUCAACUUCGUCAGUACUA